AUGUCCCGCGAAGGUUUUCAGAUCCCAACAAAUCUAGACGUUGCUGCUGCCGGUACGUCGCAGGCAAGAAGCGCCACUUUGAAGUACAUCUGUGCGGAGUGUUCUGCCAAGUUGUCUCUGUCGAAAACGGAUCCUGUUCGUUGUAAAGAGUGUGGUCACCGUAUUCUGUUGAAGACGAGAACCAAGAGGAUGGUUCAGUUUGAGGCCAGGUAA